AAUUUAUAUGCUUUCAGGUAAGUGAUGACAUGGAAGAGUCAUUUUUGCCUCUAGCAAAGAUCUACAUUUACAACCGUGAAACUGUAGAACCUUUGUGCGGGCAGCUAGAGAAUCUCUCACUAGAACAAGACACAAGUUACUUUUGUACUGAAGUGUUGCUAACCAACGCUUACUUAAUUGAUACUGAACUUUGGGAGAAGUUUUGCAAACGUGAGGAGAGGCUUCUUUUGGAAGCAGCAGCUGAAUCUCCAGAUAUUGUAGAGGAGGAAACCGUAGAAACAGAUAUUAAAUCAGAAGAACUACUCAUGACAGAGAUGGGACUACCUAAUAACUUUACCGGAAAUAUUAAUGGCGGGAAGAAAAGAAAAAAGAAAAGGAGAAAGUCGAAUAAGAAAGUUGACGAUAAUGCAGACCUUGACGUUUCUAUGGACCAGCUGGUAGCUGGGGAAGGGAUUCCUAUUAUGGAUAAUGAUGCUAACAUUGAGCAGAUGACAUGGGCGUCUUACUGGGAGACUCAUGGACCAGAUUUGAUUUGGAGUAGCUGGCUCUCCGACCAUCCUGAAUAUCGAAAGUUUAACAAACUUCACGAGGCUGAGCUAAAGGGCGGUGAGGAUGCAGAAAAUGAAAAAAUCGAGAAGCUGCGAUUAGAAGCUCAAAAUAUCUGGACAGACGAGAAGUUAAAAGAAUGGGACAAGCAUGUUUUAGAUCAAGCUGAUUUCUAUUACAAGCAGUACAACAAGUGGAAUUCUAUCCUAAGCUCACCUGCUGGAGGUCUCGACAGUAAAGGGGAGAGUGAUGUCCAGAAAUCUGAUAUUGAUGACGAAGUUAACGAAGCUGAAGUAGAAGAAGUUGAAGAAGACGAUUUAGCAAAGGAGAAUGAUAAGUGUAAUGACGAAGAUGACAAUAUGGAUAAAAGUUUGGUAAAUUGCAGUACUCCGAAACCAAAACAUGAUUACAACGGAAAACUGACUUCUUCUCUGAUUAAGAAGGGUUUUUCGCUCCAUCCUGGUGAAAAACGGCCUUACAAUUUCCAGUCUUGUUUUGUUGAAGAUUACAAUGCUCCUUUAAAAGUUCCCGUUCCUAAGAAGAAAAGGAAAAGGACGAUAGAAAAUAAACCAAAGUUGCACGUGUUCUUUGAUAGUGACUGUGACGAGGAUGAUGUAAAUGUAGAUGAAAAUCAAAAGUCAUCCCUGGUUGAUGAAAAACUCGAAGAAGUUAAUGGCUACAAUCAUGAAGAGCUGCCAGAAGACAAAGUGUCUGAUCCCGUCGUGGAUGAAGACGUUAAUGAAAUAUCUACCACCGAUUCGACUAGCACUAAAAACCCUCUCGGACCUGCCUACAAAAAGUACUGGUCACAAAGAUACAGGCUCUUUUCUCUUUUUGACGAAGGUAUCAAAAUGGACCUGGAAUCCUGGCACAGUGUCACUCCAGAACGUAUUGCACAGCACAUAGCAUACCGCAUGACAUGUGACGUGGUUAUUGAUGGGUUCUGUGGGGCAGGUGGUAAUACUAUCCAACUUGCCAUGACUUGCCACCAUGUCAUUGCCAUCGACAUUGAUCCUGUGAAGAUAGAGCUGGCCAAGCACAAUGCUGCAGUUUAUGGUGUUGAAGAUAGGAUCGAGUUUAUUGUUGGAGAUUUCAUGGAAUUAGCCCCUACUUUGAAAGCAGAUUGUGUGUUUCUCAGCCCUCCCUGGGGAGGACCUGAAUACCUGAGACAAGAUGUUUACUCUCUGCGUCACAUGACCCCCCAUGGUAAGGACAUAUUUGAUGUCACAUGUCAGAUAACGGAGAAUAUUGCCUUGUUCUUACCUCGGAACGUUGACGCAGAUGAAGUGAUCUCUUUAGCACUGCCUGGUGCAUCAGUCGAGAUUGAGCAGAACUUUUUGAAUAGGAGAGUGAAAACUGUUACUGCGUAUUUUGGCGAACUUAUCAGUGAAUAAGAUUUUAUGUAUGCUGUAUUGGGCUGUCAAAUUUUGACAAUUAUUUGAAUUUUCCCCGAAAAUCUGCUUUAACAUUUUAAUUUUAUAUUGAGCCGGCAAUCUUGUUCAUAAAUUAAAUUAUUAGCCAGAAACGUUUAGAUUCUUUUCGAAGAGUCACCUUCUCGAUACAUGUGUUCUAUUUCUUUUACAAUUUAUAAGUUUUUGCCCGAACCCAGGAUUUUACUGAUAUAUAUUCAAAGUUUGACGUUUCAUUCUUUCAU